UCUAUCUACUUUGGUCUCUCUGUGCACCCAAUAAAGCUUCUUUUUUUUUUUCUUUAAAAAAUUGGAGCGUCUUAUCAGCAAUACGCCUCGUAGUUCAGCCAGUGAUCAUCUUCACAUAAUUAAUAGAGUAUAAGAUAUGGAGUACUCUGGUGGUAACAAGAUGGUUCUCAAACCUAUACGAAUAUCAAAAAAUUUAGAUGAAAAUGGAGGAGAAGAAGAAGCAAUAUUACUGAGUCCAACUUCUCGAAUGUUUCAUGAACCUAACUACAACCUUUAUGUCUUAGCCAUUAUGGGUUGGAAUGUACCAAUGAACGUUGAUGCGAUCAAUGGUGGAAUACUAGGCAAGAUGCUUAAACACCCACGCUUUUCCAGUUUGCAGGUUAUGGAUGAGACGGAUGGCAAUCGAAAAAUGAGAUGGGUUCCCCAACAGUGAACAUAGAUGAUCAUAUCAUAGUGCCCCAAAUCGCGGAUGAUAAUAUGGAUACACACUACUAAAAAAAAAGUGAUUUAGGAGAUCAUUGUGCUGCUGCCUCUUGAAAGCUUUGACGAUUAGUAGACAACCUCCUUAAUCUUUCUGAUGGAAUCUCGUAAUUGGAUGUAUAAUAGGACAAACGAAAACCGAGGGGGGAUGAGGCAAGAAUUUUUAGAUGGUGUCGAUACUUUUGUUGGCUAUGCAAUGACACUUGAAACUUUUCUAAGUCAUGGCUUGGUUAGGUGCCCUUGUGUGAAAUGUCAAUGUAGGAAUUACAAGAAUCCAGAGAUUGUUAGGCUUCAUCUCUGUAAAGACGGCUUUUAAAAAGAUUAUACAGUGUGGACUAGUCAUGGAGAAAUGAAUAGUAGUUUUGGUAGAUUUCAAGACUUUGUUGUUGGUGAAAGUAGUAGGGUGGUGGAACCUAAUGUCCAAAAUUCUAGAAUGCACAACAUGGUUCAAGAUGCUUAUGGGAUGCAUUCCGAUUUUGAAUCCGGUAACCAUGGUGAAGAAGCUCCAAAUGAAGAAGCUAGUCGUUUUUUUGAACAGUUGAAAAAGGCUAGUCAGCCUUUAUAUGACGGGAGUCCCCACUCUCAAUUGUCUAUUGCUGUUAGAUUAUUAAGCAUCAAAGCAGAUUGGAAUGUUCCUCAAGGUGCAAUAGAUGUUGUGAUUGGCCUUAUACAUGAAUUAGUUGACCCGAAUUUAGAGAUACCUGAAAAUUACUAUAAGGCAAAGAGACUAGUGUCUAAGUUAGGACUCUCGUCGAUGAGAAUUGAUUGUUGUGAAAAUGGAUGCAUGUUAUACUAUAAGGAUGACGAAGGUCUAGAAUCUUGUAAGUUUUGUGGAAAAGCUCGUUUUAAGCGGACUCGUAGCGGGAAGAGGGUUGCUGUUAAGGCGAUGCAUUACUUACCUCUUACACCAAGGUUAAAGAGGUUGUACGCAUCAAAUAGCUCCGCUCCUCAUAUGAGAUGGCACAGUGAAAAUAGAAGGCUGCCUGGUGUUAUGUGUCAUCCAUCAGACGGAGAGUCUUGGAAACAUUUUGACACAACAUAUCCAGACUUUGCGGCUGAACCACGAAACAUUAGGUUGGGUUUAUGUUCCGAUGGAUUCACUCCACAUUCUGUUUCUGCUGCACCAUAUUCUUGCUGGCCUGUUUUUUUAACACCAUAUAAUCUUCCACCUGAGUUGUGUAUGACUAGUCCAUAUAUAUUCCUUACUUGCAUCAUUCCUGGCCCACGUAAUCCAUAAGUUUUGAUUGAUGUAUACUUGCAACCUUUGAUUGAUGAGUUGAAAAUGUUGUGGGUUGAAGGGGUUGAGACGUUUGACGUUUCUCUUAAGCAGAAUUUUAAUUUGCGGGCCACUUUAAUGUGGACUAUUAAUGAUUUUCCUGCCUACGGGAUGUUGUCUGGGUGGAUGACUGCUGGAAAGUUAGCCUGUCCUUACUGCAUGGAGAAUACUAAAUCGUUCACUUUAAAGCAUGGCAAAACAAAUUCAUGGUUUGAUUGUCACCGUCAGUUCUUGCCAAUGGAUCAUGAGUUUAGGAGUAUGAAAAAUGCAUUUAGGAAGAACAAAAUUGAACGAAACUAUCCACCUCUAAGACUUUCAGGAGAGGAAAUUUGGGAGAGGGUUGAGAACUUUCCAAAAGUUACUAAAGAACCACCGUACAAGUUCGAUGGGUAUGGGCUUGCACAUAACUGGAUGAAACAGAGCAUAUUUUGGGAGUUACCAUAUUGGAAGGAUAAUCUUCUCCGGCAUAAUGUUGAUGUUAUGCACAUUGAAAAAAAUUACUUUGAUAAUUUAUUCAAUACAGUAAUGGAUGUCAAGGGCAAGACAAAAGAUAAUCCAAAGGCAAGAUUGGACUUACAGGAAUAUUGUAUGUGUAAAGAGUUAUGGUUGCAGGACAAAGGGAACGGGGUCUUCAAGCCUAAGGCUAGUUAUUCAUUCACAAUGGAUCAUAAGCGAAAGAUUUGUGAAUGGGUUAAGAACUUGAAGAUGCCUGAUGGGUAUGCAUCAAAUUUGGAAAAACGUGUUGAUAUGGCGCAAGGAAAGUUACAUGGGAUGAAAAUCCAUGAUUGUCAUGUUUUCAUGGAAACUUUACUCCCCAUUGCAUUUAGUAGCUUGCCUGCCCGAAUCUGGAAGCCUAUGACAAAAAUUAAUUUGUUCUUCAAAGACUUGUGUUCCAGUACGUUGAGGGUAGACAACCUGGAUCGGAUGCAUCAGAAUAUUCCUGUAAUAACAAGUAAGUUGGAGAAAAUUCUUCCACCGGGGCUCUUCGAUGUGAUGGAACAUCUUCCAAUUCACCUUGCGGAGGAAGCUUGACUUGGAGGCCCAGUUCAUUGUCGUUGGAUGUAUCCCUUCGAGAGAACUAUUGGCAAGUCUAAACGGGGUAUCAAGCAAAAACAUAGAGUUAAAGGAUCAAUUUGUGAAGCCUACCUUGCUAAGGAAACAGCUCAUUUCUGUUCUUACUACUUUGGGAAUGAUGUGCCAUGCUUGCGAAAAAAACCCAAUCGGCAUUAUGAAGGAGGUGAGAAUGAUUCUUUAGCAAAGCCAAUAUCAAUCUUCAAUCAACCGGGUUCAGGUUCAAAAAAACGUACAAGACAAUUUAAUGAUAUGGAUUCUAAAUCUGCAUCGAUACAUGUCUUGCUAAAUUGCCCGGAAGUUCAACGAUAUUAUGAGUAAGUUAUUAUUAUUUUGCACUAACUAUCCAAGUACAAAGCAUAACAACUAACUCAAACUCCAUUUUGUCGGACAACUACUUUGUGCAUCAAAAUGGCAUUGAAAAAGUUUAUGACCAGUUUGGGAAGUGGUUUAACAAUUAUGUUUACAGUACAAAGUAUGGUUACCAUGACCAACUUUUAAAGGACAUAUCUUGGGGACCCGGUAUGGUCUAUUCUAUGGACAAAUAUGUGGUAAAUGAUUUUAAAUUUACUACCGAAGAACUAUCUAAGCAUACGAAAACUAACAACUGCGGGGUUUGGGUUAAAGGUGGCGAUGGAAACCAAGCCGGGGUCGAUUAUUAUGGUGUAAUUAAGGAGAUCCUAGAACUGGAAUAUUCUGGUGGUGGCAAAAAAAGAAUUGUACUUUUUCGGUGCAAGUGGUUUGAUCCAACCCCAAAUAGAGGUACAAGGGUACUCAAGCAGUAUAACAUCAUAGAAGUAAAUCACACGAGGGAGUAUGCGGCUUAUGAUCCUUUCAUUAUUGCACAAAAUGUUAGACAAGUGUACUAUGCUCCUUAUCCCUUGCGUCCAGAUAAGUCUGCUUGGUGGGUGGUAAUUAAAGUCAAGACUGUGGGUCGAGUGGAAGUGGAGAAUGUGUUUCCUGUUGCAUUCUAGGAUGACGACAUAUCAGUUGUUCACCAAACAGUUGACAAUGAGUUAGAAGAUGAUUUAGAGCAUGCAGAACACAUAUUUGAAGAAAUAAAUGCAGAAGAUAUUAAUGCAUAUGUGAACGAAUGUAAUAAUGGAAAUGAACAACUGAUGAGGAGGAAUGGUCAGAAGAGAGAGAUGUGGAUGGGGAUGAGGAUUAAUAGCAAUUAAUACCUCAACGAAGACAUUGUUUGAGCCAUUUCGACAUUUUAGAGAUCUAGGAGGGGUAAUGCACUUGACAAUCUUGACGGUGUAGUGGUGAAAAAAAAGGUAAGAAAACAAAGAAGGCUAAGGAGACGGGGGUUUCCCAGAGACCACCACAAAACCUUGUGAUUAGAGAUAGAAGCCUGUCGCCACAUCUCCCACCACGCGGUGCUCUAUUGCCUCAUGAUCCCCUCAUGAACAACAUUGCAUAUAGUCUUCCACUUCCAUACAGCUUUGGUCGGCCCUAUAUGGCUCCACGCGAGGGCUUUACUGAGGCGCCUCCCCAGAGCCCCUCGAUGAUGUCCACACCAGGUUAUCCUACCCCACAGGGCUUCACUCGGUAUACUUCCGGAUCUCAGCAGGCUACGUCUAGUGGUACUGCGACGGCCACUCCCAGUCCGACUGCAUCACAUCAUUCUUCAUCAUCUAUUGAACAACACAAUAUGACGGGUCCUGAUCUUCGAGAAAGUAGUACUGCGCCUCACACUCCUACCGCGAAUGACUUACGUGGAGGUUUAAGUGCUUCACAACUGGAAUCUUAUGAUUCAUCAGGGCGACUGAUCAUAGAGCCUGCAGGAUACGGUUGGUUACCAUACAAAGCUUCAGGACUCCUUACGGAUGAGAUAGAAAAACUAUUUAAAGACUCACCUACUUGGGGACAGAUGUCACCAAAUCGCCAGAGACAGAUCUAUUAUGCAUUUAAGGAAAAAUGUGUCUGGCGCCCGGAACAUGAGACGCAGCUAGCCCAAAACUUCAAGAAGAAAGCUCAGCGCUUACUAAGUGACAUGUUAAGAAGGGUUCGUGAAUCUAAUAAGAAGCCCAAGUGGAUCCUUCCUGAAAACUAUGCCAAGCUACUUCAUUACUGGGCAACUAAUGAAAGAUUCUUACAACUAAGUGACAUAGGGAAGAAGGCUAGAAAUUCGACAAAGGGUGGCUCCCUACACACUAGUGGGGCUAUGAGCCAAGAGGCUGUGAGGAGGAAGCUGGAACUAAAACGGGGGACGCCAGUGCCUCAAGAUGAGGCGUUCAAGAUCACUCACGUGAAGAAGAAGGCAAACACUAAUGAUCCAGACCAGUGGUGUGAGGAACGGGCUGAGUGGACCUACAAUCAAUAUCAACAUUCAAAGGCGGAGUUUCUUCGUACUCAGCCACCCAACACACAGCUGGCAGAAGAACAAAUGGAGGAAAGGUGGCUUGAGAGUGUUGGUGGUCUCACUAGGUUUGGCACAGGUUACGGAAUGCCACAUCGUGCAUUUCGUCAAUACCGGUCGCCCCUGGAAGGCCUACAUUCUUCCAAUACCGAGUCAUUUGAUAGAGUGAGUGCCAUGGCCAUGGAGCAAAAGAAUGCCAAGCUAUCUAGCCAACUACAGGCGUCAGAGGAAAGGGAGAGGCGAAGGGAUAUGCGGUUUGACGGUAUGAGGGCCCAAUUAGACGCAUUACUUGCUUCGAGGGGGAUUCCCUCAUGUGCUGAUGAUGCUCGUAACCCCCAUACUCAAUCUAGUGGUGCGGAUGAUGAUGGGACUCACGUGUCAAACACACAAAGGCAUGCUUGAAUGUUAAUGUUGUGGUGGAUUUGUGGAUUGUGUAAGUGUUUUGUGGAUGUUUGCGACGGGUGAAGUAGUCUAGUGUUGUAGACUAACUUAGUGUAGAUUAGUUUAAUGUUUUGUGGAUGUUUGUAAAGGUUGAAGUAGUUUAAUGUCUCUUUUGAAUGUUUCAAUGACGUUUUGAUUCAACUUUGAAGUAGUUUCGAAUUGAAUUUGAUGUAUUGGUGGUUGUAGUAUAUGUGUUUGUUGAAGUA